AUGAAGAACUCACUUGGGUUUCCUCCAACAGCGAGGCACAACAUAUCUGCAGCUCUGCAAAGACUGAUCAAGAGCUUUGCUCAGCUGUUUGCUCUGCAGAGGGAGGAUGACGAGGUGGAACUGCAGAUUGGGUGCCCAACGGAUGUGCAGCAUGUAACUCACAUUGGCAUCGGUGCUUAUGGGAUUGGCACAUUGAGCAAUUGGGUGGGAGACCCUGAGUUGCUGUCCCUCUCGGUCCCGGCUCUGACGAUCGAGGAGAUGGAGCGAGUGCUGGUUCAAACAUCUGAUGAGAUCGUUGCUAAUGAAUCCCAUGAACAGCGCUUCCAGGCCCAUGGUCUGGAGACACCUGUAUGA